AUGUCGUCAGUGUUAUGUGAACUACAAAACCAGUAUGAACGAUAUGUGAAAUGGGUAUCAGGCAAUCCAUCCGCUUUGGCGGACGUUGAACUGACGGUAAAGUGGCUCUCGUACUUCGUGGCCGGAAAAAUCAACAAUUCUUCCGCCGUUUCCGAGCUGGUUUAUUCUCUAUCGAACUUGUUGGUGUUUUUCAAUGAUCGGAUAAUAGAGAAAGCUAACCACAAAUCAAAUGACGACGCGACGGAACCCCUGGAACGACAGCUGAAGGUUCUGCUGACAACGCUAGAGUAUUGUGAAGUUUUUAUCGAACUUUCUGCCCACAAAGUCUGGGGAACUAGCGGGCGAUGGUUUUUCAUUGUGACUAUACAGAUCAUAAAAUGUAUAGGCAGACUUAUCUUAACGCUGUAUUACCAAAACACCAAAAUUGUACGCAACCCACCAAUACCUUCACUGAACCGCAACAAAUUGCAAGAAGCACAUUCCCCCGACAAUGCUUCGUUCCGUGACAAUCUUUCGGGAGAGAGCUCCGGAAUAGUGCUAAAGCGAUCAGGACGCGUGAUGCGAAAGGUUAAUUGUUCACCUUCGCUAACAUCGAGGACAUGGAAACCACCAACAGUCGGGAAUCAAGCACAUCAGCUAACUGAAUACGGUGGAAAAUUCCUCAUGUCGGCGGAGAUGAUUUACAUUGCCAAACCGCUCAUCCAUCUAGCUUGUAUGAAAAGGUAUGGAUCGAAGAGUUGGAUAAGCUACUUAUUGGCCCUAGCAUUGGACAGUGCAAGUCUUCGCAUGUACUACAGGAACCGAGAAGUUUUAUCUAAGGAGCAACGGGUAGAACUGUCGCGAAGGUGCGUAUCAAUGCUGCUGUACCUGAUGCGAUCGCCGUUCUACGAUCGAUACACGCACGACAAGAUAGCGAACGUGCUAAACGGCAUAGGAAACAAUGUGCCAUGGACGGGCACGAUUUCGCGGCUUAUUCUUUCCUACAUUCCACAUUGGCAGGAAACCUACUUUUACAUGUGGUCGACUUGA